CUUUAUGCAAACCAAUUUCAUUGUACGGCAAAUACCGAUAUAUUAUUUUAUCUUAGUGAGUAGAAUUUUUUUGUUAUAUAUACCAACCUACCAUACACCUGUGCCUCUCCACUACCAACCUCAUUUCACAUUUUUCACUCUCUCCAUUCCUCUUUUUGUUGUAUGAAAUGGAUCCUUCUUCUCAGCAAAUGUCAAGGCAAUCAUCAAUGGAAAACAUGUUGGUUUGUUCAAAAGAACAGCAAGAAAGCAAACCCAAGCCUCAGCCGGAACAAGCUCUGAAAUGUCCGAGAUGUGAUUCGACCAACACCAAAUUCUGUUACUACAACAAUUACAGUCUUACUCAGCCGAGAUAUUUCUGCAAAUCUUGCCGGAGAUAUUGGACCAAAGGUGGAACAUUGAGGAAUGUUCCUGUUGGUGGCGGGUGUAGGAAGAACAAAAGAUCAUCGUCUUCGAAGAGGGUUCAAGAUCAAGUAUUCGCGCCGAAUCAUAAUCCGUUUUCGAACUUACCUCAUUUUGAUCAAUCUAAUGAUUUUGCAUUAGCGUUGGCUAGGCUUCAGAAACAAUCAUGUGGUGGACAAUUGGGUUAUGAUGAAAACGAGCUUUCAAUGUUGGGAAAUAGUGGAUCAAGCAUGAACCAGUCAAUGAACAUAAAUCAUGGGUUUAUGGAUGCAAUUAGAAGUGGUUUAUUCCUUGGAAAUGGAAUGCAUUAUAAUAAUAAUAGUGUCCAAAAUAUGUAUGGUGGUGGCUAUGGAAAUGGGGACAAUGGAGAAGUGAAUAGUGGAAACAACAAUUGUGGGGUUAGUGAAGAGAUGAUGUUUAAUUAUGAUCAAGAAAUGAGCCAUUGCAAUGCUGCUAUUAACAUGAAGCAAGAGCAAAGUGAAAGUAGGGUUUUUGGUGGUUUUCCAUGGCAGAUAAAUGGAGGAAUUGGAAACAUGGGUGAAGUUGAACAAGCAAGAGCAAGUUGGAAUAAUGGUUUCACUACACCUUCUUGGCAAGGGCUUCUUCAUAGUCCUCUAAUGUAGAAUCAAAAGAUAAUAUGAUUUUAAAUUGCGGUCUGCAGUUGAAGUUUAGAAAUGCAGUGGUUGGUAUAAAUUCUCUUAAUGUUUGACAAAAUUAUAUUGGUUUAGGGUUAAUUAAAUUAUCGGUCCUCUUAAGUAGAAUUGGGUUGAUAGAGAUUUGAUGCAUGUAGAAAUGGAUCAAGUUCUCUUUUCUACCUUGUUUUGUUCUUUUAAUUUCUUCUUUUAUUAGGUUUACCAAAAUGUUACAUUUUUUUUGUUGUAAGAAAGUUUUAUGUAAAAGUUUUAUGAAUAGAGUAAUGAAAUUUCAGAUUA